AUGGAGAAGACGCGAAGCCACCGUGUGCUGCUUGUGCUGCUGGUGGUGCUCUCCGCGCUCCCUGAUCUCGGCAGCUGCAACGGUGUCGAACAAGGAGGAACUCUGAACCCAGAGGAAGGUAUCGGCUCUGCCUCCCAAGCUAGGAAAUUCCUGCGAGAGCAGCAGCAGCAGCAGAACAGGUACUGGUCCGGGCAUUUCGGCAACAAGGCGUCGUUGCCAGAUGUGACGACGACAGACCAGUGGCCGCCAUGGCUGCCGUGGGCACCCAAGGCGGCUACGCCGCCGACGAUGAGUUUUCCACCAACGCGAGCCCCGGCACCUUCGCCGUCGCCGGCGGUGGUCGUCUCAAAUCCUUGGCACAGCAGCAUCGCGCUGCCCCCACAGCCGCCAGUGGUGGUGGUACCAGCCGACGUCGGCAGUAGGCCGGUGGUUGCAGGCGUGGCGGCCGGAGCGAGGCCGCACUCUGGUGUUAGCAGGCCUGUCUAUGUCAUUGCGGCGGCCGGGGCGUCCCUUGUGGCGGCCGUGUCGGUGGCCCUCUUCGUCCUGUUCUACCGGUCCAACAAGGUGGUCACCGUCAGGCCCUGGGCGACCGGACUCAGCGGCCAGCUGCAGAAGGCGUUCGUCACAGGUGUGCCGUCGCUCAAGAGAUCGGAGCUUGAGAUCGCCUGCGAGGAUUUCAGCAACGUCAUUGGCUCAUUGUCGGAUUACAUGGUGUACAAGGGGACGCUGUCGACCGGCGUGGAGAUCGCGGUGGUGUCCACCACCAAGAACUCUGCCAAAGAAUGGUCCAAGCACUGCGAAUCACAGUUCAGGAAGAAGAUAACGAGCCUGUCCAGAGUGAACCACAAGAACUUCGUGAACCUGCUGGGCUACUGCCAGGAAGAGCAGCCCUUCACAAGGAUGAUGGUGUUCGAGUACGCGCCAAACGGCACGCUCUUUGAGCAUCUACACGUUAGAGAAGACGGUUGCCUGGACUGGCCGACUCGCCUGCGCGUGGCGGUCGGCGUGGCCUACUGCCUGGAGCACAUGCACCAGCUGAGCCCGCCGGAGAUCCUGCGGGCGCUGGACACGUCCACCAUCUGCCUCACCGACGACUUCGCGGCCAAAAUCUCCGACGUCUUCUUCUGCGACGAGCCCCGCCUGUCCCUGUCGCUGUCGCUGUCCCCGCCGGCGCUGUCGGACAGGGAGAGCGUGGUGUACAGCUACGGGAUGGUGCUGCUGGAGACCAUGACCGGCCGGUUCACGGCGUCGUCGGCCUGCGGCCUGCUCGAGAGCUGGGCCGCGGCCUACCUCAGAGGGGAGCAGCAGCUCAGGGACGUGAUGGACCCCGCCCUGCGGAGGUCCUUCCACGCCGCCACCGUCGACAGGCUGGACGGCGUCAUCAGGGGCUGCACCGACCGGGAGCCCAGGCGGCGGCUGGCCAUGCCGGAGGUAGCCAAGCGCCUCAGGGAGAUCACCGCCAUGCCACCCGACGCGGCCACCCCCAAGGUGUCGCCGCUGUGGUGGGCGGAGCUGGAGAUCAUCUCCACGGAGGUCAACUGA